AUGGUCAACUCCUGCUGUGGAUCCGUCUGCUCUGACCUGAGCUGCGGAAGGGGCUGCUGCCAAGAGACCUGCUGUGAGCCCAGCUGCUGCAGCACCCCUUGCUGUCCCCCGACAUGCUGCCAAACCACUUGCUGCAGAACCACCUGCUGCCGCCCAACGUGCGGUGUGACCAGCUGCUGCCGCCCAACCUGCUGUAGACCCACUUGCUGUCAGUCGUUCUGCUGCCAGCCCACUUGCUGCCGUCCAGUCUGCAACGUUUCCAGCUGCUGCAGGCCCUGCUGCCCCCAACCUUGCUGUGUGUCCACCUGCUGCAGGCCCUGCUGCCCCCAACCUUGCUGUGUGUCCAGCUGCUGCAGGCCCUGCUGCCCCCCUCCCUGCUGUGAGACUAGCUGCUGCCGGCCAACUUGCUGCCGUCCAGUCUGCAACGUUUCCAGCUGCUGCAGGCCCUGCUGCCCCCAACCUUGCUGUGUGUCCACCUGCUGCAGGCCCUGCUGCCCCCAACCUUGCUGCGUGUCCAGCUGCUGCAGGCCCUGCUGCCCCAGUCCCUGCUGUGCGACUAGCUGCUGCCAGCCUUGCUGCCGCCCCACUUGCUGCCAAACCACUUGCUGCCGGACGACUUGUUGCCGCCCAACCUGCUGUGUGCCCACCUGCUGCCAGCCUUGCUGCCGCCCAGCUUGCUGCCAAACCACUUGCUGCAGAACCACCUGCUGCCGCCCUACUUGUGGGACAGCAUCUUGUUGCUGA